AUGCCCUACCCAGAAUACGACACUGCUGACCACCAGUACAACGACAUCGCCGUAGGCUCCUCCCGCUCGUGCUACUCGACGGGCCAGAUACUCGCCGCACAGGCCGUGGCUGACCACGAGUAUUGGGAGUUCAACAAUUUGACCAUGCGUCACAGCCCUCCGCUUUCUACUACGAGCGAUUAUGCCUUGGCCGCUGCUGUUCCCCAGGCUGCUCUAGCUCAGAUGAGCUCUGGAUACAUCUCAGCGCGCAACGCCCCGCGAUUCGAGCACGUCCCACAGGAGCCCUUCCAAGGGCAAGGGCCGUCUCACCAGGAUUUCGCUAAAGAUGUCAUCAGAUUCGCGACGACUCAUGGCGGACACAUAACUCUCGACAACGCGCUCCGUGGGGACGUCGAUGACCUAGUGGACAAGGAUUGUCCAGCUUUUCCUCCAGCCAGUGUGUCAUCGAAGGUCUCUAUGAGGAUCCAGUUCGCGGAUCGGAGGCCUUUCCACCACCGCCAAGUGAUGGCGCUCCGGUCUACCAGCUCAGCGGAGUCUGUCUCACGGGGCAAACUAGCCCUCACGAUCGCCAGGGAGACAGUUGCAUAUCUUGAGGGUCGUGAGGAACUGACUGUGGGCGGGCGCACCUUCCCGUUUAAGCAGGUGCUCCUAGUGGGGCUGCAGCGUGUUUCUAAGGGGUCGUGGCAGCCCAUCUUUUACGUCGUGUAUUGA